UGUCUUCUUUAUGUGUAUCCGUACAGGUGUGUUUGUUUUCGUGAGUUUAUAUUAUGAUUCUGCUAGAACAGUUAUCUUCAGUCUACGAAGAACCGAGCAAGAAAACUUCCUGAUUUGACACUAUACAAAAGAAUCACGAGCAAGAAAAAAAAUACAUUAAAAUAAUCUCACAUUCGCCUGAAUUAUUGUCGCGCAACUUAUAUUUUGUAUCAACGCUAAUUAACAAUACGCGAGCGAGACUGCAAUUGCUAAAUUAUAUUGCUAUCAAGACUGUUAAUUAGAAUUUGCUAACUUUGUAGCACAUUCUUUUGUUUUUGACAAUUGCUAUUUUAUAACAAAAACAGGAUGGACCGAGAGGAAAAUGAGAUGAGUGAUGAGAGGUCAAAAGAAGUUGAAGAAACUAUAAAGCAGGGACGUUUCCGUUUUGCGAUGAAGUGUCUGCAUAAAGUUAUGGGUGCCAAUCAGAAUAAAAGUUUUGUGUUCAGUCCGGCUUGCCUAUAUGAUGCACUUUUUCUGACAUUUUUCCUGAUUAAAGGUGAAAUUUCGGAGCGCCUAAAAGAGAUGCUUUGUUUAGGACCAAUAAACAUCAGCAAAACAGAUUUUAUUAACUAUUAUUCUUAUAGACGAAACAGAAGACAAGAAUGGAUACCCUAUUCCCAGAAUUGCAAUUAUGACAUUAGAUGUUGGAUGGACCUUAACCAAAAAAAAUUUCUACCUAAACUCGAAAACACAAUAUCUUAUUUCUUUGACAAUCCAAUGAACAACUCGAAACAAUACCGGAAUUGUAAGGACCAAAUAAGACAUGUUAAUGAAUUAUUAAACAGACUGGUAGAAGGAUUAAUUAAUGAGCGCAUAACAUUACCUGAUGACGAACAAGAUAUUAUUUUGAUGACCUCUAUCAGUAACAAAUUGAAUUUUACCGCCUUACAGGCAAAUCAAAUUAUUAGGUAUUUUUAUCCACCAUUGGACAUUCACGUGACCAAAUUACGUAGCACAUUAUCAAACUUGUCGCUACUUAUCUUGGCACCUGCUUCGUUAACCAAAAUAAGCAAUAAUAAAAUAGGUUGGAGGAUCACUCAGAACAUCAGCCACGCUGACCUUUCAAAUUUCACCCAAAGAUUGUCGACCAUGCAGGGAAUCAGAGAACUGCGCAAUGUGUUAAAAUCUUACAUACCAAGUCGGUUAUUGGUAGAUUCUAUGCAUGCUUUGCCUUUCGAGUUGGAGAAAGAUCUGACAAUCCGUGAGCUUUUCGAAACAUUAAAUAUACCAUUAUUAACGUCCGAAAUGAUCGAACUGGAUACUUUAUUUGGGAAUAACCCCCGUGUGCAAAUCCGCAAUGCCGUGCAUCGUUCUCACAUCAAGGCCACAAAUGAAGAAGUUGUCGUGUGUGCGACGACAUUGAUUAGCAGCAAAGGAGAAGACCCUCCUUCGAACUCCAAUAUUGUCGACAUAAAUUGCAAUAAUCCAGUCAUCUGGAUGAUCGGUGACCGAGAAUAUGAGGACAUUCUCUAUGUUGGCAGUUGUAAUAAUACCGAACCUGUUAUUAAACUUGUAUCGGCGGAUAUGCCAAGUACAUCAGGUUGCCCGCCAAGCAAAAAGCGGCGAAUCGACGAGUCCUCUUGAAAUUCUAUCGAUAAACCCAAAUUUGAAAUUGUAGAUAUGUCAAAAAAUGGAAGUGAUGUAGUCUCGAUGAUCUUGAUGCACAGGAAAGAAGACUCCUCUGCAAACAGUGAAGUAGUCAACGUAAAUUACAAUAAGGCUUUCCUCUGGCUGAUCUAUGACACACUACAAGAAGAAAUUCUCUAUGUCGGCACUUGUAAUAGUGCCGAGCAAAAUGGUUUUGUCUUUUUAACUUACUCAUUAUAAGGCGAUGAAGCAUAACUUACAUUAGUAAGCAUUGAUAUUAUUUUGUGACAAUAUGUAUAUUUUAUAAACCACUAAAAAUA